AUGACAAUCGAAUCCCUUGAGCAGCCAGCAGGGUCAGUGGUGCCUCCGCCUGGAGACCGUCGCAUGAAUCCGACCUCAACAGCAAAUCCCAGUGGAUAUCGUAUGACCCAUACAAUGAUACGCAUUUCAGAUCCCGAAAAGUCUCUCAACUUUUACCAGAGUCUUUUGCGUAUGUCGUUGAUAUUCACACUGAAUACUGGACCAUGCAUCGUCUACUAUCUCGGCUAUCCGGAUGAAGGUGAUCACUCUCCGGCAGAUAUUCUCAAAGGAGGCAUGGGCACCGGUCUCCUCGAGCUCGUCCAUGUGCCGGCAAAGAAGAUAGCCCAAACCGAAUGUGAACGGGCUCCUAUUUCAGUUCAAAGCCUCGGUCAUCUAGGCUUCAAGGUCCCUGACGUCAAGGCACUGCUGGAAAUGGCCCAGGAACAAGGUCACACGAUACUGAAGCCGGUCUCGCACGUCCCAGCCACCGUUGUCGGUAUUCAUGAUGGCCUGGACACCGAGACCCUCCAUCCAUCAUUUGCGAACACGUAUUCACAAAUCGGCUUCAUAGCAGAUCCUGAUGGAAAUUCUCCCGAUGAAGUGGGCAUGAGAGAUGAGGCAGAUUCCAAGUAA